ACCUUUUAUAUACCUCUCUCUCUCACUACGAACUCACCACAGUUUCGCAUGUUCUGCAAACCCUUGGGUUUUAGAGGAUUUCGUCUGUUCAUGCUUCAUUCUUUCUAGAUUUUGAAUAAAUCUGUGCCCUUAACCAUGUCGAAUGCGUAUCCGGGUCCUGUCAGUGCUGUUCAGGUAGGCUCCUACUUUGUGGGACAGUACUAUCAAGUUCUUCAACAGCAACCCGAUCUAGUUUAUCAGUUUUACACUGAAUCAAGCUCUAUGGUUCGCAUCGAUGGCGAUUUAACUGAUACUGUUUCUGAAAUGCUGCAAAUUCAUUCAGUUAUUAUGUCUCUGAAUUUUACUGCUAUAGAGAUUAAGACAAUCAAUUCUCUUGAGUCUUGGAAUGGAGGUAUACUCGUGGUGGUUUCGGGUUCUGUUAAAGCAAAGGACUUUGCUUUUAGGAGAAAUUUUAUCCAAACCUUUUUCUUGGCUCCUCAAGAGAAAGGUUAUUUUGUUCUCAAUGAUGUAUUUCAGUACAUUAAUGAUGAAACAAUUUACCAGCAGCAUCAAACACCCGAGCUUUCCGAAAGCAAAUUUGAUUCCCAAGUGAACAUUCCUAGCCCUCAUCCCGAGCCACCAGUUUCUGACUAUGAUUUGGAGGAAGAGGCCAGGGAUUAUGUCAAUUCUGUUCAUAUUGAAGAUGAUCCAGUUGAUGUAUACAGUGUCCCGGAGCAACAACAAGAGGAAGUGGAAACAGAAGUUGUGGUGGAAGAAAGUCCGGUAGAAGAAGCAUCUGCUCCAUUUGAAACUGUGGCUAAUGCUGUACAAGAAGCCCAAUCGGUGGCAGUGGAAGAACCUGUUGGAGAAUCUGUUAAGAAAACAUAUGCUUCGAUUUUGCUCGCCAAAGGGCAGUCUGCACCUUCAAAUGCACCUCCAGCUGCACCUCCCGUUGCACCUUCAGUCGCACCUCAAACUUCUUUUACGGGAACCCAAGCUUCUUCAGAUUGGAACCAUCAGUAUGUUGAGCAACAAUCGUACUCUCCAUCGCCAGUUGUGCCUGAUUCUGGAGUGGAGGCAGCGGAUGAAGGCUAUGGCUUUGAUGAUGAAGGUGAACCGAAAUCUGUCUACGUGAGAAACUUGUGUCCUGAUAUAACUGAAGAGGAGAUUGAGGAAGAAUUUAAGUACUUUGGCCGCAUUAAGCCUGAUGGGGUGUUCAUCAGGAGCCGCAAGGACAUUGGACUCUGCUAUGCUUUCGUCGAGUUUGAAGAUAUUCUUGGCGUUCACAAUGCACUCAAGGCAUCGCCCAUUCAAUUAACUGGAAGGCAAGUUUAUAUCGAGGAGCGUAGACCUAACAGCUAUGGCACCGGUAUUUCCCGAGGUGGAGCUAUUGGAGGAAGACGGGGAAGAGGCAGAGGUGGUUACCAACCAGAGUCCACUAGAGGGCGUUUUGGUGGUAGAAAUUUCGGUAGGGGUGGAAACCAGGACAGUGACUACAACAGACCGAGAGGCAAUGGUUUCCAAUCUCGAGGUUCUCGAUAAAAAACCAGAGAGGGGACGAAAUCCCUUGUUGGUGGUUGAUGAUGAAGCAUUCUAGGGAGCGGCCGAUUCCCGGAUGGAAUAUUUUCCUCCCUGACGGUUUCUAGGAAAAAAAUUUAUUAGAACUUUUUGAGUGGUGUUUUACUUGAAUGGUAACAUUUAAUUUUUACUCUUUAGCGAGUAUUGGUUUGUUUUACCCCUUGAAAUGGUUUUUAUCAUGCAAUUUCAAGGGGGGCCUUGUGUUCUGUUUUUAACAUAUACAUAUUUAAUGAUUUUUGCUCAUCACAUUGUGAUUUUUGUUUA